UGCUUAUUUUGAUCAGAGGGCUGGAUAUAACCAGAAUUGUAAAAUAUUUAUUGACAAAAGGAAGGAAAAAAGACACAAGCACGUCGCUAUGGCGAAGUUUAAUUCGUCGGAAUCGGUGAAAAUUGACAGUCAAUUGGUACGGAUGUGCAUCGAAGCCGCGACUGAGAGCCGCGACGCCAUCGAGGCCUGGCGGAGACAGCGCCGCACUCUGGAGCGCUUGCCUUCACAGCUUGCUGACGUUCUCUUCCACCGCCUCCUCCGCCGUCGCCUCCUCUUCCCUUCUCUUCUCGAAGUCUUUAAACAUUGUGUGGAGGAAGUAAACUUGAAAGGCGAGAAUAGUGUGGAUGCAGAAUGGAUGGCCUAUUUAGGUGGCUUCCACUACUUGCGCACUCUGAAUCUGUCAGAUUGCCGAAAAAUGAGUAGUUCCUCUCUAUGGCCUAUUACAGGCUUGACAAACUUGAAGGAACUUGACCUCUCUAGAUGCUCAAAGCUUACUGAUGCUGGAAUCAGGCAUCUUUUAUCUAUUCCAGUGUUGGAGAAGUUGUGGAUUGCAGAAACAGGUGUAACUGCAGAGGGAGUUAUACUUCUCCGUUCACUAACCAAUUUAUCUUUAUUGGAUUUGGGAGGAUUACCUGUAACUGAUGUAGCUAUUUGUUCUCUACAGGCUCUCACUAAACUGCAAUAUUUAGAUAUCUGGGGAAGUGAAUUAUCUUACAAAGGAGCUUCUGUUCUUAAAAUGUUCGGGGGAUUGAGUUUCUUGAACUUAGCUUGGACAAAGGUUACAAGUUUGCCAACUCUGCCCUCUAUUGCUCACCUGAACAUGAGUAACUGCAUUGUAAAUUCUGUAUUUGAAGGAGAAGGUGGUAAAGUGAUGUUGGAAAGACUUAUUCUAUCUGGAGCUACAAUCUCAGAUGGCUCUGAAGCCUUUUAAUAUGUAGAAGCCUCUCGCUUGGCUCUUCUGAAUUUGUCCAACUCUUCUCUUAAUUCGUUCAGUUUUUUGAGGUCUAUGAAUGCAAUUACAGAACUAGAUCUCAGUGGUUGCUGUGUGGAAGAUGAUUCUAUUGAAUACAUUGCAUGCAUUGGAGCAAGUUUACGAUAUUUAAAUCUCAGCAAGACAAAAGUAAGCUUAGUUGGAGUGGGUACCUUAGCUGGACAUGCUCCUAAUCUUGAAACUUUGUUGUUGUCUUACACUGGCAUUGAUGAUAAUGCCAUUGCAUACAUCAGCACAAUGCCAUUACUAAAGUUUAUCAGCCUAAGUGGAACAAAUGCAAAGUUGUGCUGCAUUUAUAUUUCUUCUCGUCUUCUUCCUCAAUUGCAAUUAAUACUGUCUAGUUGUUGAAGUUAAACUUCGAGUGAAUUUCUGAAUGUCUUCCUUUAUACGAAAUACAUUUUAAAAAUCAUUGUGUUCGGAUC